GUUCAAAACACCGACGUAUUUGCACGCUGAUUGCUUAGAUAAAUCCGCUAUACUUCAUGAACUAAUGCACGCUAUCGGCUUUCAUCACGAACAUCAGAGAGAGGAUCGCAAUCCACUUAUUGAUGUAGCGCGUGACCCAGACCCUUUGUUUGAUUAUUGGCGUCGUCUCACUUACCCGAGAACCGAUGCGUACUACAUGGGCAAUUACGACCCAGAGUCUAUCAUGCAUUACUCUUUUCCUAAUUUCAAAAACUAUGAACGGCAGUACUUUUUAAAAUCGGACAUCAAGAAUAUCAACAAAUUGUACAACUGCUCAGUGUAGCAUUCCUCUAUGAAGUGUUCACUCAAGGAAUGGCAACGGUGUUUCUUUCAUUACGUAGUAAAAUUU